AUGGCCACUACCACUACCGCGCUAGCCACUACCACUACCGCGCUAGCCACUACCACUACCGCGCUAGCCACUACCACUACUUGCAAAGCGCAGCCCACCUACUAUAACCGCCAGCCUACUAUGGAUGCCAUCUCCGACAGAGUAUUCACAGAGUCGGUAGAUUCGUCCAACGACGAUCCGUCGCUUCUCACCGUCAUUCUUGAUCUCUCGCCUGCCAGUUGGUACAACAUCAAAGACCAGAUCUCCAUCAACGAGAUCACCAAGUCGCUUCUCGUGUUCAUGAAUGCUCACCUUUCGUUGAACAAUUCCAACCAGGUGGCGUUCAUAGCCAGCGGUCCUCAGGGCUCCAAGUUCUUGUAUCCCAAUCCAGGCAAGGUGUACGACGAAAUCCGAACCAGAGAGGAAGACGUCGACAGAGAGCCAUCGCCCGGUUUGGUGUCCAAAGAAAUGUACAGACAGUUCAGGGUGGUGGACGAGGCUGUAUUGGAAGAGUUGAAUCAGUGCUUGAAGGAGGUGCUGGCCACAGACACUCACAAAUCGGCGCUCUCAGGCGCCCUCAGCAUGGCGUUGACCUACACCAACCGUAUGCUGACACUUGACCAAUCCAUUUCCACCACAACAGCAUCUGCCAUCAACUCCACCACCAACAUGAAGGCGUCCAGCAACGCUGCAGGCGGCAGUGGCGCUGCCGCCAGCGGAACUGCCGCCAACAGCGUGUCGUUGAUGAAAGCCCGGAUCUUGAUCGUUUCCGCCAACGACGAGGACGACAUCAAGUACAUUCCCAUUAUGAACUCGAUCUUCACGGCCCAGAAAAUGAAGUUGUCUAUCGAUGUGGCCAAAUUGGGCACCAAGAACUCGUCGUACCUCCAGCAAGCUGCCGACGCCACCGAUGGCAUCUAUCUCCACAUCGACGACCCAAAGGCCAUUAUUCAGGUGCUCUCGACGGCGUUCUUCGUGGAGCCAUCCAUCCGUCCGUACAUCAUCCUUCCCACCAACUCCAACGUCAACUACCGCGCCAGUUGCUUCAUCACUGGCAAAUCGGUGGACUUGGGGUACGUUUGUUCGGUGUGUCUUUGCAUUAUGAGUGUCAUUCCUGAUACAGGCAAGUGCCCGGCGUGUGGGUGUGUGUUUGACGACCGGGUGUUGGCGCAGUUGAAGCGAGGACCAGUGGUGAUGUCGAGGAAGAAGCGGAAGGUCGAAGGGACGCCUGCUGUGAAUCCCUAG